AUGGGAGCUAACGUUUCUUCUUCGGCUGACCAGAGAAACCAGGUCGCCGAUCUCCGAGCCAAGAAGCAGCUGAGGAGGACUCCUUCCGGGCCUAGGGUUUCUCCUUUCGUCCAGGACAAUCCACGAGUCACUGAAAUCAAGAGCAAGGACCAGUGGAAAGCUCGGUUCAAUGCUCUAAAAGACAGCGACAAGCUUCUGGUUAUUGACUUCACGGCCAAAUGGUGUGGACCUUGCAACUCCAUUGAGCCCAAGAUUGAAGAGUUUGCUGCCAUAUAUACCAAUGUCGAGUUCGUGAAGAUUGACGUUGAUGCGCUAAUGGGUUUGUCGAUGAAAUUCAACGUGAACACGUUGCCGGCGAUGGUGUUCAUGAAGAGAGGCCAAGAAUUGGACCGAGUCGUGGGUGUGAAUGUGGAUGAACUUCGUAGCAAGAUCGAGAAAUACAUGCAACCUUCUUACUGA